AAGAGGAGUAAGCUUUAGGGAGUACUUUAGAAAACAAGGAAAACUGAUCUUAUACAGAUUACAAGCACAAUUAAUGACAAUGUCUUUCUUUGUUCCAAUUCAUUCCCAGCCUUUAGUCUGAAUAUGCUACAGCCGUUACCGCAAGAGCAAACCAUCAUGGCUGAGACGGAUAGAAUCAGUCAACUUCCGGCAGAUAUAGUUGACAACAUUUUGGGAUUCUUGCCUAUUGAAGAUGCUGCUAAAACGGUAGUUUUAUCUACCAAUUGGGGUGGUAUAUGGCCCAAUCUUACACAGCUCUGCUUUGCGCCUCACUUCUUUCGGCGUUUGAAAAACAGAUAUAGCACAAAACAUGCUGCUUUCUAUGUAAUCACCAAAAUUCUCUUGCAACACCAGGGACCAACUAUUCGAAAAUUUGAGGUUGAUUAUUAUGAUUCUAAGACAGAGACGGUUAAAUCUCGGUCGUAUGACAUCGAUCAAUGGCUGCUUUUAGUCACACGAAAAGGUGUUGAAGAAAUUAAACUCCAUCUUGGAAGCCAAGAGUAUCGGCUGCCCGAUUGCGUACUGUCAUGCCGAACACUCAAGUCAUUGGAUCUUGAUAGCCUGCUUGUUAGACCACUCAGAUCAACUUACAUGUUGCCGAAUGUCGCUUCGCUUCGGUUUCGAUCUAUUAACUUAGAUUUUUUUUCAGAUCUUGUCCUUGAUGUUCCCAGCCUGGAGAAUCUGUCAUGUGAAGAGUGCUAUGAAAUGUUUCAUCUUCACAUCAUUGCCAAAAGUAUUUGUAGCUUAAAUAUCCGAUAUUGCUCUGGUCGUGAAUUGGACAGUUUCAUUCCCGUUAACAUGGACUUGAGAUCCAUUCGUACUCUUCAUUUGGAUUCUCACUCUCUACAGAAUUUUGUUGACGAUUGUUCUAGAACUGGACUUCCACUGCGAUCACCUGCUCUAAAUGUGGAAGACCUGAACCUAUCAGAUUUUUGUUUCAAAGAAGAAACUCAAGCUUCUCCUCUCAUUCGUUUACUGCACAUAUGCCCGAACUUAAUCAAACUUCAUAUAAGUCUUUGGUGUCCAGUCACUUGGAGAUGUGAUAGUACCUAUGAUGAUGAGAAAGAUAUUCCUAGUGUGGCUGAAGUUGACAGAAGACUUCCAGAGCUUCGUAGUGUGGCCCAAAGACACAAAAGACUUGUCACUUUGAAGCUUAUAUUAUUUAAAGGAUUUUGGUGUGAAAUGCUCUUCAUCAAGGAGUUACUUGCUGCUCUUCCCUCACUUCAAGAGGUUAUCAUUGGUCAUUCCAAUGAUAUGGACAGUAAGAGGAAGUGUGAAGUUAUGGAACGAGUUUUGCAUUUUCCUCGUGCAUCUACCGAAGCAAAUGUUACUUGCAUCUAGUAGACUAUCGGUCAAAGUAAACAUGUCAUUUAUGUUAUACCCUCUUAAAUUUGGAAUAUGUGAAACAAAUUAAAAUGACAAUCCUUAGUUUCAGCUUAUCAAUCAAGUUUUUUAAGCAAACACCAACUUUUGGUUUCGGCCCUAAAUUGUGUAUUAAGCAUAAUAAGUGAGGUUGUAAUUAUUUUCGAC